AUGUACCAAGGGAAGAAGUUAAGCUUCCUCAGUCAGAGAUUCCAACGGGAAAUCCAGAAAAUCGUUGGUCAUCACUGUGAUGAGGAGCCAAAAAAGAAGAUAUGGAAGCCUAAACUUCGACAAGCUGAGUUAAAGGAGGAUUCUGCAACUAGUGUAUCUACCCCAAAAGAGGAGCUUACUAAGGCAUCCACUGAUGGAACUGAAGUGGAAUGGAAAAAGGACUCUGCUGACCAUAACAUACAACGCGAAGAGGAACUGGUGGAUGAUGAGUUUCUUGCUGAAACAGAGGAUGCCCCUGAGAAGCAUCACCAGGAGGAAGUUCAAGUGGUCAACGAGACAGAAGAGCAACAUGAUGAAGAGGGUCAUGUUGACGCCGAUGCUGCUGAAAAUGCUCAUCCCCAAGCCACCAUUGCCACAUAA